ACAAUGCGAGCAGUCACUUCCGAUGUGCGUUGCCGGUGGUUGAUAAUCACACUCGUGGUGAUUGUCGUCGGUAUCGUAGGCUCGAGUUUUGGUGAAAACACUGCCCUUUACAAGUACCGUUGCAUAAGGAACAAGUGUCUUAGGCAGCAUACGAGCUCUUUGAAUGCAAGUGAGACGUACCUGGACAGCCUGGACGAGUGCCGCCUGUUGUGCGGUGAAUUUCGAUCGUUGUGGCCCAUUCCGGCUGUUGUCGUGAGCCUGGGACAGGAAACCCGAGAUUUUAUUCCCAGUAAUAUUGAGAUCCAUUUCCUGACCAAUUCUGGAGAUGCAAACGUUUUCAACUACCUCAACCGAUCAACGAACAUCUUUCUGAAAAAUCUCUAUAAGGAGUGCGGUCGACAUUGCAACCGAACCUCCAACACCAGAAUAUAUUUCACCAUAAAAGUUGACUCAGCCGAAAUAACCCCAACCUUGUCGACAGACGAGUCGUACGAUCUCUUCGUAGACGACCAUGACGGAUUGGUGGAAGUCUCCAUUACGGCCAACACGGUAUUCGGCGCUCGACACGGUCUUGAAACCCUAUCGCAGCUCACGGCCCAGCGAACUCACUCCGAUGGGAACUGUCUACUAAUGCUGACCUCGGUCAACUUGAGAGACUUCCCCCAAUACCCGCAUCGAGGAUUCCUUCUGGACACUGCCCGGAACUACAUUUCCACCAGAGCCAUCAAACGCCAGCUGGAUGGGAUGGCUUCCACCAAGUUGAACGUCCUGCACUGGCACAUCACGGACUCGCAGAGCUUCCCGCUGGAACUGCUCCACUUGCCACAGGUGACCGAGAACGGUGCCUAUUCGGAGGAGGAAACAUAUUCUCAGCAGGAGGUGAAAGAUAUCUUCGAGUAUGCAAAGUACCGCGGUGUUCGCGUCAUAUUGGAGUUUGAUGCGCCGGCCCAUGCAGGUAACGGCUGGCAAUGGGCCCCGGCCGCUGGUCUCGGCAACCUUUCAGUGUGCAUCAAUGAUCAACCUUGGCGCAAACUAUGCAUUGAGCCUCCUUGCGGCCAGCUGAAUCCAGCCAAUCCGAAUCUCUAUCCCGCGCUGCAGAAACUAUACGCCGAUUUCUCCGGUCUUAUUCCCCCUCAGCAAAUGCUCCACAUGGGAGGUGACGAGGUCUUUUUCGGCUGUUGGAAUGCCACCCAGGAAAUAGUUGAUUAUUUGGCCGGUCAGGGCCGAGGACGCGAACAGAACGAUUUCCUGGAUCUGUGGGGCGAGUUCCAGGCGAAUGUGCUUCUGCUGUGGGAUCGUCAGCGUCAAGGUGUAGAAGCGUUGCAGCCCACCAUUCUAUGGUCAAGCCAAUUGACCGAUCCCGCUGUGAUCGAAAAAUAUCUUCCCAAGGAGCGAUAUAUCGUGCAGACGUGGGUUGAAUCGAGUAAAGAUUUGCCGCUGCAGUUGAUGAAGAAAGGGUACCGUUUGAUAAUUUCCACUAAGAAUGCCUGGUACUUCGAUCAUGGCUUCUGGGGCAGCACCAAUUACUACACCUGGCGGAAGGUGUACAACAACAAAUUGCCGAAAAAUGAUAAAGUUUUGGGCGGUGAGGCCUGCAUUUGGACUGAGUUCAUUGACGAAAACUCUCUAGAUUCACGCACGUGGCCACGAUUGGUUGCCGUGGGCGAGCGUCUGUGGUCCAAUCCGACGCUGGAUGCCUCGAACGUUGAGGGGCGAUUUUACCGACAUCGACAGCGGUUGAUAACUCGAGGACUAAGACCAGAGGCAGUAACGCCUCAGUGGUGCGAGCAGAACGAGGGAGAGUGUCGAUAGGUGACAUGUUUUCGGGAUUUUACAAAAAAAAACUUUCAUAACUGGCCGUUAUAGAUUCGAGCACAAGUUGAAAAAUUGUUUUUCAUAUAUGACAUUAUGAAACAUUAUCUACAUUGAAGUUAGGACUCUCAGUCCAAUUAAAAACCAAAGUGAUCGAUGAACAAAGUUUUAAUUUUUACAUUUAACCCAAUUUCGCCUCAUUUCAUUUGAAGAAAU